AAUGCAGAGAUGACGUUGUUUUUUUGUUAGGUUGUAUUUAAAUGUGUACGGUUAAAUAGCCAGAUAGGGCUUUAUAUUAACCAAGAAAAAAUAAAUAAAUGAGAGUGUAUCGAAUGUAUAUCACGUCGGAAUAACUGUAUGUUGUAUUAAACGUAGUUUAAGAGAAGCGCCAUGGAGUCCUGCUUGAAUUAUAAACCCGAGAGAGUGGGUGCUGUAACUGUGGAAGAUCUGAGAAAAGAUCUUUUUACAGAAUUCUCCAAAAUACCUGCGUCUCAGGAACCUGCCUUUGUGGAGAAGGAACACUUGCGAGUCUACUUGCGGAUACGUCCUUUAACAUCCGUAGAGAGUGAACUUGGUGAAUCACAGGAUUGCAUUUCGAUCGAUCCCCCAGACAACGUGGUUUUAAAGGCCCCGAGAAUAUCACUGACUGCAAGACAAAGUGAAAGACUAGGACCCCAACUUGCACAGCGAUUCCAAUUUUCAAAGGUUUAUGGGCCGGAAUCGACACAAAGACAGAUAUUUGAUGGAACAACAAAAGCCCUUGUGAAGGAUGUACUCGGAGGAGAAAACUCUCUAGUCUUCACUUACGGUGUAACCAACGCUGGGAAGACGUUCACAUUUUUAGGCCCUGAAAGUGAUGGAGGAAUUCUGCCCAGGUCACUGAACGUAAUCUUCAACAGCAUUGAGGGACGAGUCUAUGCACAGAGUAACAUUAAGCCGCACCGCUGUGUCGACUUCACAAGACUGACUAAAGACCAGCAGGAGGAGGAGGCUAAAAUAAAGAAAAACCUCCUAAGAAGAUUUAAAGAGGGUGAUUUGCAAAAAAGCUCCUCCAGCAUUUCAAAUUCAGCCUGCAGCACCUUACUUGAAGGUUCGAGCUAUGGCGAGUUGGAUGAAGAGAGUCUUUGUUUGGAAGUAGAUUCUAAUGUGAAGUUCUCAGUGUGGGUCUCCUUCUGUGAGAUCUACAAUGAAAACAUCCACGACCUGCUCGACUUUGGCUCAAAUACGUCGCACAGAAGGAGCGUACUAAGAAUGUGUCAAGAUGUUAAAGGCAAUACAUUUGUCAAAGAUCUGACUUGGGUCCAGGUAAACAGCGCAGAUGAAGCCUACAAAGUUAUGAAGAUUGGAAAGAAAAACCAGAGCUUCUCUUCUACAAAGCUUAACAGCGUUUCAAGCAGAAGCCACAGUAUUUUCUCCAUCCGAAUCCUGAGAAUUGAAGACGUAGGUGUUCCUCGAGUCCAGACAAUAAGCGAGUUGUCUCUCUGUGACCUGGCUGGAUCAGAACGAUGUGCAAAAACCCAGAACAGAGGAGAUCGCUUAAAAGAAGCAGGGAACAUUAACACGUCGCUGUUAACGUUAGGAAAAUGCAUGAACGCCUUGAGACUGAGUCAGACACAGUCAAAUAGAUUCCAGCAACAUAUCCCCUUUAGAGAGAGCAAACUUACUCACUACCUGCAGGGCUUCUUCUGCGGCCGUGGAAAAGCCUGCAUGAUUGUUAACAUCAACCAGUGUGCUUCCAUGUAUGAUGAAACACUGAACGUCCUCAAAUUCUCAGCAGUGGCUCAGAAGGUUGUGGUCUUGAAUCCCAAACCAGUCUUAAGUGCUUUGCCCAAGAAAUCUGCCAGAGAAGUCUCCAUGAUGAUCAACAAUGUGGACAGGAGAGAGUGGACCAGAAGGAGCACCUUGAUCGGUUGGGAGACAAGUUUGGAGGACGUUCAAGAGGAUGAGGGUGAUGAAGAAAUGGAGGUAGAUGAGGAGGAAGAAGAGGAAAGUGGUGAGGAGGAGAGCAUGGUGGAAAAUACCAUGCUUGAAGCUGCAGAAGAGCAAGAGCUGGCUGAGCUCCAGCAGACAAUUAAAGAGCUUAAAGAAGAACUGUCUAAGGAACAAGCUGAAAAACUGGCCAUGGAAUCUCGAAUCCGGGAAGAGGUCACCACUGAGUUAAUGGAGUUGUUUUCCAAUAUGGAAAAAGAUUAUAAUGAACGUCUGCAGAGAGAGAAGGAAAUUGCUGAAGAAAGAGCUGAGAGAAGAUUAGAAAUACUUAAGAAUUUAGUCAACAAAAACAGCACUGAGGUGGCAAUCAUGAAUUCUGCCGAUGACGAAACUAAGGAGACUAAAAUGACGUUCUUUGAUGGGAUGAUUGAGGAGAUGCAGAAUGACCUGGCUAAUAUAAAGAGAGAUGCCGAAGCUGCACAUUCUUGUCUGGAGAACGUGGGUCAUUCACGUGGGAUACAGCUGGAUGAGAUAAAAGAGGAGCUUCUGAAAAGAAGUCAGCUUCUGGAUAUUAAGACUAAAGAAAUGGAAGAAGUGCAGGUUCGUUUACAAAAUUCCAGUGACUUGCUGUUGGAAGCGAACAAGAAUUAUCAAAAUCAAAAACUGAGGAAUGAACAACUUGUGGAAAUCUGCCAAGAAAAAGAUGAAAUGAUCUUUAAGCUUCAGACUGCUUUAGAUCAAAAUGUUGAAGCAGCUAAUGAAGAUAGAGCUUAUAUCGACACAAUUAAAGAAGAAAUCUUGCAAUACAGAAAAAACUGCAAAUGUAAGUUCAAUGAUGAUGAAGAGAAGACUAAAGAUCAGGAAAUUCAGCAUCUUACAGAAACGUUAAAAGAGAAAAAUGAGUUAUUGGCUAACCUCAAGAAUGAACGGCAAACUCUAGAUCAAAAGUUGAAAGAUCUCACUGAAGAUUUAAAAAAACAAGCUCAUGCAUGUGAAGCUGCUUUGUCUUUACUUGAAACAGAGAAAGCAGCAUCCACCAAACUAACAAAUGAGAAUAGAGCACUUGCCAGUCAGCUCAGUGAUUUCCAGGAAGUAGCCAGUGACAUGAAGUCCAGGCUUUCGGCCAUGGAAGCUAAAUUAAGUAUUAAGACCAUGGAAGCAGCCAAUCUUUCUGAGGAGCUUCAAAAAGCCAAAAAUCUUCUCCAAGAGCAUGAAGAAAAGUCUACUGAGCAAUCUCAGAUGGUCAAAUCCCUAAAGCUGGAGGCUGAGAAUUUGCGCCAGAAGCUCGAUGCCCGGGAGCGUUCAGAAGCACAAGCAAACAAAUGUGUUUUCCAAGAGACCAUUGCAGCUCUCCGUAGAGAAUGCGAGACAGUGAUGGCCAACUCCCAGGAGAAAAGCAGACGGAUCACAACCUUGGAGCAGGAAUUAAGUCAGAUUAGAGAGGAAAUGUGUCAGAAGCAGACCCUUUGCAAUCAGCUUGAGCAAAAGCGGGGUGCUCAAAGGGAGGAGAAUCAACACCUGCUUGACCGCUAUGAAGCUGAGAGGCUCAUUGUGGAGCAGCUGAAGAGAAGUCACUCUGAGCUGGAGACAGAGCUGUCUGGUGUAAGAUGGCAGUUGGCAGUCCUGCAGAAGCAACAGCAGACCUUUACACAAAACUCCAAAAGACUUCAAGAGCUGGAGAAGCUGUUUGGUAAGAAAGAGGCUCAUUGUGCAGAUCUGGAGCAAAGACUACUGCAGACCCAGAACAAACUGGACCAGGCAGAGGAGAGAGAAAGACAUCUAGAGAGCACUCUAAAAAAGAGGAGAAAAGAAGUGGAUGAAAAACUUGUUCAUAAAAACGCAGAACUGGAGGUUAAAGUCCAAGAACUAUUACAAUCUAAAAAGCAGGUGAGCGAUGGGCUUGACGCAAUAAAUACGUUAAGCCUUGAUGUGAAACAGAAAGAGAAACGCAUCUCCGAUCUGCUUUCUGAGCUCACCAAGAGCAGUUCUGAAACAGAGAAAAUGCAAAAGGAGAUUGCAUCCUUGUCUGAAAAAGGCCUAAAGCUACAACAGAAGCUGUGUGACUUGGAGAAAGAUCGGGAUCAAGCUCUAAGUGCUGUUGCCAAUAAAGAGCAGAUUAUUAAACAACUGAGGACUGGUCAAGCCAACCAAACCUCUCAAGAGCUUUUCGCUAAAGAAAGGCUCAUUGAGGAAAUGCGUCUCAGUCUGUCGGAUGAAAAGAGAUCACGGGCAGAACAAGAGCAACUUCUGGAGGAUAGACUCAAUGAGAUUAAUACAUUAAGUGGAGAGCUUAUGAAGCUAAAGGAGAGCUGUCAGAAAAAGAGCAAGACUGAGUCUGGACCUAAACACUCACACCAGGAUGAGCAAAAAAGAGAAAAAACAUCAGAAAGUUUGACACAGACUUCAGUCCAUGAGUCUUCAGUUGUCUCUACUGAGGGUGAGAGAGAAAAGCGCUUCCCCAAACCCGAGCUGGAGAUCAGUUUCACCCCUCUCAAACCUGACCGCAUGAAAGUGCGCAGGCCAGGAGACAACGAGGCGGUCACGGUCAAAAUCACACGAACAGCCAGGAAGAGGAAGAGUGUUGAGAUAGAGAAUGGAGUGGAAUCGGAGAAUAGGAAGAACAUGCGACUUAGAGGGAACUCCCGGGUUAAUAUACAGAACGUAGAGUCCCCCACAGUGCUCUGUAAAAAGGCCAAUCAAUUAAAGCCAAAAGAGUCUCCUGUUAGUCUGAAAGGCAAGAAAGACAGAACCCUGCAGAAGAUUGGCGACUUCAUCCAAAGUUCUCCGACCCUCCUAGGGAGCAAAGCAAAAAAGAUCAUGGCAAAGGUUGUUUUAAAAUCUCCCGAGCCAGAGAACAAUACAGAGAUAAGCAACAAACCCAAAAGAUUAAAACGCAAGCUGUAUAAGACACACAUCUCUUCUCCUCUCGAUAUAGCUUCACAUCCGAUUAUUGCCGUGGAUCAAGAUGACAAAGAAAGUGAUCAUCUUAUUAUUAAAAGAAAACUUAGAACAAGAACUUGCAAAGCAGAUAAGCUGGUAUAGACAGUUUUAUGUAAAUAGUGCAACAUGAUUUUUAAACGUGUGUGUGUGUGUGUGUGUGUGUGUGUGUGUGUGUGUGUAUAUAUAUAUAUAUUUUAGUUGUAAUUGCUUUUUUUUUUUUUGUUUGCAUCAUUUUUUGUCUUCAAUAAUAGGAUGGGAAAAACAAUUAUAUUUCAACAUGUCUAAAGAACCCCUGUCGCAGUUCUUUAACCUGGUUGGCUGUGAUUCUGUGGUUAAUCAUCAGUCUUGCUGUGUUGGCACUAAGGUUUAAGUUAAUCAGUCCAUGAAUGUUGGUUUUGCCAUUCUUUACCAGAGGUGUCUCUAAGGGAUAUUUUUUGUGUAACAAAGCUUUUAUAAUUUUCCUAACAUAGCACUUAUUUUUACUUUACAAGACUUUGACCCUGGUUUCCUAUUGCUCAUCUACAUGUUUAAGCGACAUACAGUGGUGAUCAAAAGUAUUAAGACAACUGGCUGAGGAGAGGUGCUAAUGAGACUCAGCUGGUUUAGUUAAUGCGUGAAACAAAUGUGGCAUGACUUUUACUUUCUGAAGGUGGCGUAGUGUCUACCCAGGGGGAAAAAAGGCUAAUACUUAGAAGUUUCUUAAAUGAAUAUUGAACUUCUGUGGCAAGCUUCUGUGAAUGAUCUUCAGGAAGCAAUCAAGCAGGAUUGAGAGUGAUGCCAGAGUACUGCAGAAGUCUUUUUGACUCUGUGCCCAGCUGGAUCCAACAGGUUUUGAAGAAUAAAGGACUUAUAUUAAAAUAUUGACUUUCACUUUCAUCUCAAUAUUUUUGGCCACCACUGUCUGUACAGUGUAUAGCUUGGCUUUACCCUCUGCUGCUCUCGCCUACUCAUGACUGAUAUCAUCUUACUGUCACAGCUGUUCAUCAGCUGACGCUGUGGUUUUAGCCAUAUCUGUGUGGUUUGCUGAGUGAUGAAAUUAUAGAACAGUGUGUGAAGAGGGACCAAAGUGGAAAAAUAAUGGAUAACAUGAUGGUUAUGUAGUUUGUGUCAAAGUUUAAUUUCUAGUUACUGAUGUGCUAAAGCAUUUCAGAUUAUUUUUCUUUUUUUCUUUUUUUUAUUUAGCUUGAACAUUAGUGCAGUAAUUGUAAGGUAAGGCAUUUCUGGGGCCUAGACUUGAUCUAUUAACAUGUGGCAUGGAGACCUCGUUUCGCCCCAAUUUCCUCAGUUGCUAUACCUUGUUCACUCACUCAUCUUUUAUACCGCUUUAUCCUGUAUUCAGGGUCGUGGGGGCCUGGAGCCUAUCCCAGGAGGCUUAGGGCACGAGGCAGGGGUACACCCUGGGUGCCAAUCCAUCGCAGGGCACACUUACAUACUCAUUCACACACUAUGAGCAAUUUAGAAACGCCUAUCAACUUGACCUACAUGUCUUUGGACUGUGGGAGGAAACCCAUCAAGCACGGGGAAAGCAUGCAAACUCCACGCACACAGAGACGGGAAUCGAGCCUGGCCGGGAAUCGAACCCAGGCCCUGGAGGUGCAGGUGACGACGGUGCUAACCACCGCGCCGCCUUCUUUAGUUAUUAAUAGCCGCCGUUAUUUAAUAUGAUUAUGUAGACUUUUUUCAUGCAUCUGUGAUUUUAAUCUACAAAUUUUCAUAACCUUUUAGUUUACAAUUAAAUUAACUAGUUUUAAGGUUGCUUGGUAAGUGUAACAAAAUAUUCAGUAAUGGUAGUCCUGAUUAUAAAGUUUAUUACAGAAUUUUGGUUUCUUUUUGCUCUGGUUUUAUUUUGCAUUGGGAAGGUUUUGUCAUGAAAAUCGGCAAACUGAAAAAUAGGAGUUGUAGUUGUGAAAAAAAUUAAUUUAAAUGGGUAGAAUUUAAAUCAGUUUAACAUUAAUAGUGUCUUACUUGCACACAAUUAUUUUCUUGAAAAAUAAAAUGUUAAAUAAAAUAUUAUUAUUUUAGCAACUGCUGAAUGAAUAGGGUGGAUGCCAAGUUUAGCUGAUCACUAUAAUUAGGAUUAAUCAUGCAGCAGUAGGUUGGCAUUAAAUAUAAAUUUGUUAGAUGUUUAGUUAAUUCUUAUUCAUACUUAUCAUGAUUGCAAUAUGCUACAAUAUA